GCACAGACACUUGUGGGAUCGAUUCAGGCAGGGGUUCCUCUUUCAAGAGUGAACACAAACGCUGGUGCUGAUGAUGAUGACGAUGACGACCACGAUGAUGAUAGCAGGCUUGCUAAGCUAGCGAAAUUCGUUAGAGUACUGACACUCAAACCGGUACACUUGGAGGAAGAUUGCCCAAUCACAACGUUUUCAGGAAAAAAAAAAAAAACUUUUUUGCAAACGGACCAAUAACAAUUAUAAAUUUAAGGGCUGUUUCCCGAGAGGUCGGGUCAGUUUAAACGUUUUUCAAAUUUUAAACGGUUGCAUAGUUGAAUACUAUAAUUUUAUUGGUCCUUUUGCAAAAAAACUUGAGAAUCUUUUGUGAUUGGACAAUCUAAUUCCAAGUGUCCCGGUUUGAGUGUCUGCACUGUGACAAAUAGAUUCCCUAACCUGUUGCGUGUUAAGUAAGUCCCAGUUCAAACGUCGAACUUUUCAUGUACCGAACUUAAUACCUAUUUGGGCCGACCCAACUGA